CAGGAGCGGGCCGCUGGUGUAAAUAAACUGUUGGCUUCACCCGAUGAAAGAAGAGUCCAAGACGAACUAGAACCGCGAGGACACACGCGGAGCAGAGAUAUGAGUGGAUCUACACGAACAGGCAGCAGCCGACAGAAUGGACCUGGAGGACUGUGGGACUCUGUGAAGAAAGCUGCUUUUGUGAUUGGAUCUGGAAUCCUGUUCUUGGCUGCAUUCGGCAACUCGCUGACUUGGCACCUGCAGCGGUUCUGGGGGGCUUCAGGGGAUUUCUGGCAGAACUUGUGGACCAAGAUAUACGUAGCAUUCGAAGGCCACGAUGCUGCUUUGUUCUGCUUCGGGACCAUGUUUCUCCCCACCGUCUCGUUCUGGGCGUCCAACGGGCUGCUGCUGCUGGUGGACACCACCGGGAAACCCUCCUUCAUCACCCGCUACCGCAUCCAGGUGGACAGGAACAACCCGGUGGAUCCAGUGAAGCUUCGCCAGGCGCUCAAGUGCGUCCUGUUCAACCAGGUGGUCGUCUCCGGGCUCAUGGCGGGAGCCGUCUACUUCCUGAUGACCUGGAAGGGGAACCCGGUGGGGCCCGAGCUGCCCACCUUCCACUGGGCCCUGCUGGAGCUGGCCGUCUUCUCCAUCACCGAGGAGGUUCUGUUUUACUACACGCACAGGCUCUUCCACCAUCCCAGCCUCUACAAGUAUUACCACAAGCAGCACCACGAGUGGACCGCUCCCAUCGGACUGGUCUCCAUCUACGCUCAUCCUCUGGAGCACGUGAUUUCCAACACGCUGCCGGUGAUGACCGGGCCCCUGAUCAUGGGCUCCCACCUGUCCACCACCGCCCUGUGGUACUGCCUGGCUCUGGUCAGCACCAACAUCUCCCACUGUGGCUACCACCUGCCCUUCCUGCCCUCGCCUGAGUUCCACGACUUCCACCACCUCAAGUUCAACCAGUGUUUCGGCGUCUUCGGGGUUCUGGACCGGCUCCACUGCACCGACACCAAGUUCAGGCAGAGCAAGCAGUACGAGCGCCACGUGCUGCUCACCAGCCUGACGCCGCUCAGCGAGAGCAUCCCCGACGCGCCCAAGAAGGGCCAGUGAUGGGCUGGGCCUCGGACCAGCGCCCGCCAGUCUGACCAGCGCCCCCCAGUCUGACCAGCGCCCCCCAGUCUGACCAGCGCCUCCCAGUCUGACCAGCGCCUCCCAGUCUGUCCCUCUGACCAGUACCUCCCAGUCUGACCAGCGCCCGCCAGUCUGACCAGCACCUCCCAGUCUGUCCCUCUGACCAGCGCCCCCCAGUCUGACCAGCACCUCCCAGUCUGACCAGCGCCCCCCAGUCUGACCAGCACCUCCCAGUCUGACCAGCGCCCCCCAGUCUGACCAGCGCCUCCCAGUCUGUCCCUCUGACCAGUACCUCCCAGUCUGACCAGCGCCCCCCAGUCUGACCAGCGCCCCCCAGUCUGACCAGCACCUCCCAGUCUGUCCCUCUGACCAGCGCCCCCCAGUCUGACCAGCGCCCCCCAGUCUGACCAGCACCUCCCAGUCUGACCAGCGCCCCCCAGUCUGACCAGCACCUCCCAG